UCGAAGUUGUGACAGUUCAAAUAAAUAUUCCCAUGUUACUGAAAAAUUCUUAUCAAGCAUACAAAUUCUUAAAAUUUUAUAUUCAUACCAAAACGACACAAUGAGUUUCUUUAGACUUCUUUUAAUUUCAUCCAUUUUAUUAUCUUCAGCUUUUGGUGAAGAUACGCGAAGUUUUAAGGAAUUUAUUGAUGCCUCGAUCAAUCCAUGCCAAGACUUCUAUGAAUACGCCUGUGGAAAGUGGACACCUCAGAAUAGUGAAGCCACAGAUGUUAUAAACGAUCAACGAUUGGAAAAUCGGAAAAUAAUAAAAGCGCACUACCGAUCAUUACACAACAAAAACAUUCAAGAUGAACACCCGCCAAGUAAGUUCUACUACCUUUGUUUGAACAGCAAGAUGCAGCCUGAGGAGGAAAUUCUUUCGAAUUACUUGAGUACUCUUCUUUCCAUCGAGCCGGAGUGGCCUUAUCUCAAUCAAACAUUCAAGGGAUCGUCAUAUGAUAAGCUUGAAGUUGCAGCUAAACUUAGACACUAUCAAGUUAAUACUUUAUUCAAGAUUUCUGUACAGCGGAAUUGGAAGGAAUCAGAGCAAAAUCAUCAUGUUUUGUACUUGACGCAUCUCAAGAAGCCUUUCGUGGGUCCCGCUGAUGGUGAUGAGGCAUUCGUGUAUAAGACCUAUGUUAAGUAUUUGCUUCUGGCUUUUGGAGUUCGUGUUCGAAAAGCUAAUGAAUAUGCCCAAGAAGUUGUGGACUUUGAAUUCGAGCUAGACAAUUUACAUCGAGACAUUGAAGAUGUUCUGAUUGAUCCAAUUCCAGUGGAGAAAUUGAUUGAACAAUUUCCAGGAUCAAACUGGAAACUCUAUUUCGAUACUCUUCUAAGUCGAACAAAGAUUCGACCAGCCAAUCGAGUUCCAAUGGUUGUUGUCCCACAUGAACUUUUGAAGAAACUAGAAAAACUGCUUGCAAAGACAAAACCUGAAACAAUAGCACUCCAUCAAUUGGCGAAAUUUCUUCAGCAUUAUCAAGUGAAAAUGGAUCCCCCAAACUGGAUUGAUUGCAUUGACGAAGUCAACGAAAUGAUGCCUCUGUCCGUUGCCAAUGACUUUGAACAAUUUACAUUUGACGAUUUCAGUCCAAGAGAAGUUUUUAACAGUCUUCAAGAUGAAUUUAUCGAUCAAAUCAACAAAACCAACUGGUAUUCUGACAAAUCAAAGGCAGAGAUAAUCAAUAAAUUGGAAGAUCUACGAUUGCACAUUGGUAUUUCGGAUGUAGCUAUUCAGCUUGAUCCGGAAGUCGAAAUCGAACAGAAAAAUUUCCAACAAGCCCGAAUGGCAUUUGAUAAAUUAGCUGCCGACAAUGAAUUCUAUCAACUAAAUUUGUACAAUAAAUUAGCCAGCAAGGCACUCAAGCCACUCAAAGUAAAUGCCUACUUCAAGUUGAGCACAAAUGCCUUGGAAAUACCGAUUGGUCUGCUCCGAUCACCAUUGUACAACGAAAAUUCAAGCUUAGCUCAAGUUAUGGGAUCACUGGGUUCAAUUUUCGCUCACGAACUUGUCCAUGGAUUAGACUUUGAUGGUCAGAAUUAUGACAAUAGAGGAAAUGUCAAAAUGGAUGUCAAUCCAAAGGAGAUUAUUGAAUUUGGUAAGCGAGCAGGUUGUUUUGUAGAUCAAUAUAGUGGUGGAAAGGUGAAAGCAUUGAAUGAGGAUGUAGCUGAUAGCGAGGGAUUGCGUCUGGCGUAUGGUGCAUUCGAAAAAAUGAAAGACACCAAAUAUAAAGCGGAUUCAAAGUUUAACGACAAACAGUUGUUCUUUUUAAGUUAUGCUCAGAUUUGGUGUCAAGCCAAUUCAUCAUCCAAUCAGGCGAUUAAUCAUUCUUCACACAAAGAUCGAGUUAAUAAUGUUGUUUCGAAUUCGGAGAAAUUUGCCGAAGCAUUUGCGUGCUCAAAAGAUUCUCCAUUGAAUCCUGUAAAAAAAUGUCAAAUCUGGUGAUUAUUAUGAAAUAAAUUAAAAUAAGAUUCAAAAUAA